CUUCGCCCAAACCUCACUCGUCACCAUCUCCCGCUUCUCUUUCCACAUCUCCAAUUCUCCAUAAUAAUAGCUCAGACACCAGCAGCCCUACAGCUGUGCUUACAUACACGCGUCUACCUAUCACUAACUAGUUAAUAUCGUCGUUUUUCCUAUCUACCUCCCCCAGAACUGGUGUUCUCUUUUCGCUCCAUUAUCCCCCAACAACAUCAACCGACUCACCUCCAUCACAAUGUCUGCAGUCACCAUUACCAACAACCCCCCAGCGCCUGCAGAGCCUAAGGGUGCUAAGAAGAAGCGCGCAAAGAGCUCCGGUUCCAACAAUGUUUCCAAUGCAGCCCCAGCUUCGAUUCCUGACACUCCUUCGACUCCAACGGAGUCGGUCAAUGGAGCUACUGACUCGUUUGAGAGCGCCGUUAUGAGAGACCUCCAGAAGAGCUUGCGCAACGCUGUGAAGAAGCUGAACUCCACCUCUAAAGUCGACAGUAUUAUUGCAGAGAAUCCCGGAAAGUCGCUCGAUGAGCUCGUCGCGGAGAAGAAGAUCAACCAGGACCAGAAGGCACAGGCACUGAAGAAACCAGCCCUGCAAGCCAACGUUGCACAGCUCGAGGAACAGAUCGCUCAGUACAAGCAGUUUGCCUCUCACUAUGAGGAACGUCUUGCCAAUCAGAAGAGUUCUCUGGAGAAGGUACAUAAGGAAGAAUUGGAUGCAGUGCGAGAGAAGGUUCUCGCUGAGGCAGCAGAGUCCAACAAAAAGAGCUUCAGAGACCAACUUCUGAUCUUGAGCAAGUUCUUGCGUGCUGCUGCCGCCAUGAGACGUGCUGGUGAUGAGACCUCUGCUGAGAGCCGUGCCUUCGAGGGUGUCCUGUUCCAGGUCUACGGUGGCACUGACGAAGCGGUCGACUCAAUGCUAAAGCUGAUUGAAGGUGUGGAAGAGAAUAUCAUUAGCGUCGAAGGGGAAGCGCUAGAAGUAUCUUACGGCAAAGUGAAGCAGGCUUCUGAGGAGUAUGCUCCGGCUCCCGUGGAGGGUGCCUGGACUGAAGAGGCCCCAGCUGCCGAGACUACCGCGGCCUCCGAUCCUACUCUCGCCAAUGCUGGCGCAACUGAACUCCAGGACAGCUCUGUGGCCGUCCAGAGUGCUACCUCCAAUGGCUUUGCGGACUCUGCGGCUUCGCAGCCAGAGCCAACGUCCGCAGCUCCUCCUCAGACUAUCGCUGAAGAUGGAGCCAAUGCUCAGGCACAUUCCUGGGACCCGCAAGCUUCUGAUUCUUUGGCAGCUUCAACCAACGCUGAUGGCUGGGUCGAAGUGCCGCGCGAUCCCACUGAGACCGAUACCGGUAUUCAGAACACUCCUGCGGCCGUCCACGGUUCUAACAACUGGGCUGAGGACGUCCCUAAGCCUACCGCAGCCCCUGCCAAGGGAGAGGGCGAUGGCUUCGAACCGGUUGUUCACCACCAGAGACAGCCCAGCCAACGUGGUCGAGGACGUGGACGUGGACGCGGUGAUGGAUUCCGUGGCCGCGGUGGCCGAGGUGAAUUCAGGGGCAGAGGCCGUGGCCGCGGCGAGUUCCGCGGUGGACGCGGACGAGGUGGCUUCGGUGGUCAACAGAAUUCUAACGGAUCUGCCGCCCCUAUUGCUGCGCAGUAGACGCUUUACAUCACCAUCCUCCGGGUCUAAAACUUGACUCCCAUCGUCGCAGUGAAUACCGAUCGCGCCUACAGUCCUCGUGCCCCGCGUCUGGCCACCUGUGUUGCUCCUCCUCUGACUUGUCUCUUCUUGUCCAUCCUCUGUCGGCGUUGUCGGUUAUGAAGCAUGUUCUUUCGGGCCCAAAAAAGGUAAAACAUGAGUUGCAUAUGAGGUCUCUGGGCGAACUU